ACAAACUUUCCCACCACAACAAUUAAAUCUAAAUCUAAAAUAAACACAGUUAAUUUAUUUAUGUCAAUCCAGCUUUAAAAUCCUCAGUCUAGUGAAAUGAACACGUCAAGCACAGAUUCGUUGUUUUCCACACCAUUGUGUCACCAAAUUAUAUCCAAGAAACUCGACAAUGAAGACUUUUCGGUUAUCGAUUUUCGUCAGACUCCGUUCGGACAAGUGAAGGGGUUUUUGGGUGACCAUUCUUCACUGAAGAUCACCAUCAAACGAAAUUCGGACCUCGAACAACACAAUUUCUUCGUAAAAUCCAUCCCGACAGUGAAAUCCCAGCGGGACUUCGUCCUCGACGUUAACGUUUUCUUCAAAGAAAAAUUUUUCUUCACCCAGUUUCAAGAUCUCCUACGACAAUAUUCCAUCACCGUUCUAGACAACGCAAUCCCUACUUGCUAUCACACAGAUGGAAACAUUUUCGUCUUUGAAGAUCUAGCCCAAAGUAGCUACACUUCUAUAUCUUGUCGGACCUCCCUUGACAUUGAAAGUGUGAAAGUCGCCCUCAAAUCAAUCGUUAAACUUCACGCAAGCGCGAUAAUUCUAGAAGAGAAGAAAUCCUUCCGACUGAUUGACUCAUUUUCUGAAGAACUGGCAGAAACUUUCUACUCUGACAAAGAAAUGGUGAAGAAAGCCGAAGCGUCGUACCACCACGGUUUCAACGCUUUGUUGGACCUGACUCACGAUUCAGAAAUGAAGAUGUCGAAGGACUUGCUCCGGGAGAAACUUCUGAAAGGGUAUCGUCUUCAGCACGCCUUCGUCAAACCGUCGACGGUUUUCCGAAAUACCAUUCUUCACGGUGAUCUUUGGACCAACAACAUGAUGUUCAAGUUUGAAGAUGGAAGACCCGUGAAUUGUGUCAUUGUGGAUUUUCAGUCUCAUCGCUACGGGCCGCCGGCGCAAGACGUUGUGGCUUUUCUUCAUCUGACUACUAAUCGCGAAUUUCGGAAGACACACUUCGAAGAAGCGCUUCAGUUUUACUACCACGAGUUUGACAGUCUUCUGGGGAGGUUUGGGCUUGGAGGGAUAAUCAGCGAAGAUGAGUUUUUUGCCAGUUGUGAUUUUUUUAAGCAGUUUGCUUUAACGCAGGCUUGCACCCAUUUGCAGAUGGUAGCGUUGUCUGAAGAAAUCGCUGCUGAGUUACUAGCAGAUCCAGCAAAAGCUCAGUUUGUUCUGUAUGAGAAUAAGUAUGAUUUUGUGGUUGCUGCUAGUCAGAAGGACGAGAUUUAUAGAGGGAUGAAUUUUGAAACAUUUGCAGAACUGAGGGAGUUUUAUGAAAAUGAACUGUAAUAAUAAUAAAGUUUAUUUUUACUGUA